AUGGGAUCCAAUUAUUCUCGCUUAUUCCCAUUUGUGGGUUUUCGCUCAGGUGAUAAGAACGCCAACAAAGAUGGAGAGUUCAAUAAUAAGAUGAUAUCCACAUUUGAGGUCAAAGACGCAUUGGAGUAUUUACAACCCGAUAUUUCUCUCAAACGUGAGGUUGCGAUUAAACCUAAUAUAUUGCUUAGUGGAACUCAAUUCCUUUCCUUACAAACACACUUACCACCACGAUUUCAAGGUCGUACUUGGCGUCUUAUUUACAGUAGUGAAUAUCAUGGAUUUUCACGAUUUGCAUUGCAGCAUGAGUGUACCACACAUAUUAGAGAAAGUAAAGGUAUAGAAAGACCAUCUAUUUUAAUGAUAACAGCAGGAGAUAGGGGUGAUAUUCUUCUUGGAGCUUAUCUCUCUACCAUUCCACAAGCGACCAACCGUCGUUACGUUGGAAGUGAAGAGAGUUUUGUUUUUUACACCACCCAAUCCUCCUCAAAGGGAUUAUCAACCACAAAAACAAAAACAACAACAACAACAACAACAGCAGCUUUAGAAUCAUCUUCUCCUAAAUCUUCCUCUUCCUAUUUAAGUCCAUUAGAUGAAACCAUUCAUGUAUUUAAUGUACCGCAGAAUCCCAGUAAUCGUUAUAUUAUGCGAUGUGAAGAUGGAUCUAUUGCCAUUGGUGGUGGUGGUAAAGGACCCGCACUGAUGCUCUCGGCGGAUUUCGACACCGUGUCAAGUAGUACAUAUUGCCCAACGUUUGGUCUUCGCUCUUCCUUAUUAAUGCUUGCGGCCAAACAUAUUCAUAAUAAUAGUAAUAGUAAUAAUAAUAGUAAUAGUAAUAGUGGGAGUGAUGGUAAAGAGAGUGAUUUGCCUUCUGGAGUGCGGGUGGAGGGUGGGGAGCCGUUGGCGUCUGUGCAGGCAAUUGAACUUUGGACGAUUGGGGAUGAGUACUUUGCAACGCUGUGA